AUGGUUGAAGCCCAACCAAUAACUGAAGAGGUGCUUGAAACAUUUGAUUCUAUUCAAGUAGAAGGACAAAGUAUUAUAGAGAUUGGCAACGAACAAGCUUUGGGUAUUCAAGUCUUACAGAGUGCACCGAUAGUAAAGAUUGAGAAAAAUCAUGACUGCUCUGUUAACACUAUGAAAGUUGAUCAAAGGCAUGCAACUUCAAAGUUGAUUAGUGUUUAUAUUAUCGACAAUCUUCGAGACUUAAGGUUUGAAGUUACACCAGCUUUUGUCAUGGCAGAAAUGCAAAAAUUGCAUGGAUUAGACAUUGGGUAUCACAAGGCGUGGCGUGCUAUUCAACGUGUUUCUGCUUUAAUAAGAGGAACUCCUGAAGAGAAUUAUGAAUUAUUGUCUUCAUACUUGUAUAUGAUGAGAAGUAAAAACCCGGGAACAUAUACUGACAUAAUGAUAGACGACAACAACAGGUUUCUUUAUAUGUUUUAUGCAUAUGGAUCAUUAAUAUCUGGUUGGAAUCAUUGUAGACCAGUGAUUGCUGUUGAUGCAACUUUUUUGAAGUCAAAAGUUUGUGGUGUUUUAAUGAUUUCAGUUUCAAAGGAUGCAAAUAACCAAACUUUCCCACUAGUUUUUGGAAUAGCAAAAUCUGAAAAUAACAAUUCCUAUGAGUGGUACUUUAGUGAGCUUCGCAAUGCAAUUGAGAGUCGUGAGAAUUUAAUUUUUUUAUCAGACAGGCAUCAAUCUAUUGCAUAUUCCAUUGCAAAGGUAUAUCCUGAAAGCCACCAUUGGAUCUGUAUCUAUCAUUUGGAGCAAAACCUAAAGCGAAGGAAAGUGAAAAAUGAGGUCAUAAAACUUUUUCAAAGUGGUGCAAGAGUAUACAGGCGCAAAGAAUUUGAUCUUUACAUGUCAGAUAUAACAAAAGUAGAUAAGAAGACUUAUGACUACUUGAUGGAAGAACCACCGGAAAGGUGGGCACGUUCUUGUAGUCCACGACGAAGAUACGACAUGCUCACAACAAACAUAGUUGAGCCAAUGAAUUAUGUCCUAUUAGAAGCAAGGGAGUUUCCUAUAUUAAGAAUGAUGGAUUUUGAUUUAAGUGAAGCUACAACGUUGGUUUUAUGA